UUUCAAUGAAAAGUUCGCCCGCUGGCCAUCGGGAGUGCGUCGCGUCUCUCUCUCGGGAAACUUAAUUGACUGAAGCUGAUGCUUACGGGGCACAGCAAAUAGUGAUACGAAGUUGAUUUGUUUACUUAAGCUUCCAUGACCAUAUCCAAAAGCAAUAAAAGUGCAAACCUGGAGGUGUUUAAAUGCUUACACCAAUUCCAUGAGUAACUGGAUCGCAUCGAUCAUAAAUAAAGAGCAGCUGGCGUACAAUGCCCGAUAACGACGACAAUGUUGGCGCAGGGCAGACAAAUGGCUUGGCCCACGCCAGACAGCAGGCAUUGGAGCUGCAUUUCAGCCAAGUUAGCUACAACCUGAAGAGUGCCACAAAUGGCUGCACGCAGAUACUGAACGAGGCAUGCGGCAGCUUCAAAUCUGGCAGACUGACGGCCAUUCUGGGUCCAUCAGGUGCUGGUAAAUCCACAUUGCUCAAUGCUUUGGCGGGUUUCAAAAUUAGAGGAGUUUCGGGGCAGUUUCUAUUGAAUGGUCGGCCCAGAGAUCUGAUGGCAUUCAGAAAAAUGUCGGCCUACAUUCCCCAAGACUUUGUAAUGCUGAAUCUGCUGACUGUCGAGGAAACCCUGUGGGUAUCGGUAGACCUGAAGACGCCCAGUGCAACAGCCGCGCAGGAGAAGCAAAAGAUUAUAGAUGACAUCAUAGACAUACUGCAGCUGCAGUCCUGCCGAAAGACUUUAGUGGGCAACAUCUCAGGCGGUGAGCACAAGCGGCUGUCCAUUGGCAUUGAGCUCGUUACGAAUCCGCCCAUCAUGUUCUUCGAUGAGCCCACCAGUGGCUUGGAUUGUGUGGCCAGCUAUCAGGUGAUUUGUCACCUGCAACGGCUCGCCCAUGAUGGCAGAAUUGUGGUGUGCGUGGUGCACCAGCCAGGCUCGCGUUUGAUGCAACUGUUCGACGAUGUUCUGGUUCUGGCUCAUGGCGAGGUUUUGUACGCCGGCGAGCAGCGACAUAUGCUGGACAGUUUUGAAGGUGCUGGCUUCACCUGUCCACAGUACUAUAAUCCAGGAGACUUUGUGCUGGAAGUGUGCAGCGAGUCCUCCACCACGCAGCGUUGCGAUACGCUGAUCUCUCAGAAUAAAGGCAGGCAUUGCCACAGCAACGGCACCAACUUCGAGAAGCUCAAUGUGGCUGAGGAGGCAGCGCUCAUUGAGAUGCCACAACAAGCUGCCUGGCUGGAUCAGAGCCAGCUGAGGGUCAAGGAGCAGGUUGGCUUCUGCUUCCAGCUGCGAGUGCUGCUGCGGCGGCAUCUGCGGUCCAUGUCCAGGGAUAUGUUUGCCGUCCAGCUGCGACUUAUUAUGCAUGUGGUGAUCGGUCUGCUGCUUGGCGUUGUGUACUGGCAAAUAGGCAGCGAUGCCGCCAAAAUUGUGUCCAAUGUCUCUUGUCUGUUCUUCAUCAUUCUCUUUGUGUUCACGGGCAAUGCCAUGCCCUCGAUCCUGCUGUGCCUGCAGGACUCUGCGGUGUUUAUCAGGGAAUACUACAACGGCUGGUACUCCCUGCGAGCCUACUACAUAUCCAAAGUGCUGGCGGAUCUACCCCUGCAGCUCACCUGCCCCACAAUGUUCAUCAGCAUCAGCUACUUCAUGACUGGCCAGCCGCCGGAGUUCAAUCGCUUUGCCAUGAGCUGGGCCAUCUGCCUGAUGACCGCCUUUAUUGGCCACUUCAUAGGCGUGGUGGCCGGCACGCUGUUCCCUAUGCAGCUGGCCAUCUUCCUGGUGCCCAGCUGUACGAUUCCGUUUCUCCUCUUCUCUGGGUUCUUCAUUCGCUUGAAUGAGCUCUCCUGGUUCCUGCGUCCCAUCUGCGAUGUCUCCUUCUUUCGCUACAUAUUCGAGGGUCUGCUGCGAGCCAUCUAUGGCUAUGGCCGCGGCGAACUGGACUGCCAUGCGACAUUUUGCUACUACAGAACAGCAGAUCAAUUUCUCACAGACUUUGCCAUGGGUGGCGAUGAGUUCGGCUGGGAUCUCGCUGUGCUGGCGGUGUAUGUCCUGCUGCUUUUGCUUUCAUUUUAUGUGACUCUAAACGUUUGCAUAAGGCGUGCACUGAGGUGACAAUUUUCUUGGAUUUUUCAAUGUAAUUCAUGUAAAUAAAGUAUUUCUACAGGAG